AUGCCUGCUGAGCGAAACAGUCCAUCAAUUGUAGUUGGGCCACUGCCAUAUCCGAAGAGGGCACCACCACGAAACCCUCAUGUGGCACCUCAGUUCAAACCCAGAAAGCCAGGCCAUGAAUAUCCCAACAACAACAUGCUCAGCUCAGUCUGCGACCAAUACCUUCGUCAGAUGUUGGCCAACAUCAAACCAGAAACGAUUGACUUUGACAUCGCAGUAUCUCACUUCUUACACGAAACUUCACAUCUCAACCUUCGAGAUAUUCCCCACUCUGUUGAUCAAGUUAUCUUCGACUUUGAGACCCUUCGUCCACUGGUCAGCCGUCAAGACGAUGUCUACACUUGCGCUCUACAUAUCAAGUCCACCAUCAAACACCACCGGGCUACCCCCGAUUCGCCAUUACCUUUUGCUCUGCGCUAUCCGAACUUGAAAUCGCUCCAACAACUCACAAUCAAUCGCUCCAAGGCUCCUCGUGCACUCCCUUCAGACAAGGCAGCAGUUUUGGUUGAUUUAGCUGGGCGGUUGUUAGUGAUAAACCUUCCUCCCAAAUACCCAGCUGAGACCCUAAGGACGCCUGCCGGGCACAUGACUCCAGAGGCGCGAGCACUCAAUGCAUUUGAAGGAGCUGCUGAUAUACACAAUUUACCAUCAUUCGACGAAUCAAAUGAAGACGACUCACUCAAACCCCCAGCCUCGAUCGAAGAUUUUGGCGCCGCAAGACUAUCCCGAGGUAAAAGCACACCUGUGGCAAUCCAAGGGGCUGUGUAUGGGUCACUGCCAUAUGUUGCUUUCGGAUACUCUUUGGGCUCACCUGAUGCACGUGCUGAUACCAAGUACAUGUUUGGACGUGAAAGGCAGGGGUGGAAGCUUAAUGAUGUUGGAGCAGGACCUCAGGAAGAUCGCCAUCUGCCUCUGCCCAUGGGUCUUGGAGAAGAGUCGCUUUUCAAACGUAUCAAAAACGGACGCAUACAUGAUGAGCUUCACUGGCCCUACGAAGUCUCACAUGCUCUGAAUGCAUCUGUGAAUCCUAAGACCUUUGAGGUUGCUGAGCGGGUUGUAAACUUCAUUGGUCAGAACUCUGGCUCAAUGCUUUCAAAACGAAUCAGCACUUUGGAGAACAAAGUGAUUCAGGGGCAGCAGAUAAACUAUAAUUUACAGGUAGCUCCCCACCGCGAUGGCAAGAACUCAAACCUGCUGGAUUCGGUCUUCUAUCAUGGAAGGAAUUAUCAAGGCGGUCGCUUGAUAUUUCCUGUACUUGGGGUCAGUGUCUGUGCUGACCCAGGUUACUCGGUUCAUGCGAGAUUCAAGUUUCUUGAACAUGGUGUCAGCAGCAUUUUGCCAACAGAUUCUACAUCUCCCCCACUCCGCAUUUCCCUAGCUCUAUACUCACACGCUCAGCUCUACGCCAGUGUUGCAAGAGUCUCGGCGGCUAGGAAUGGCCUACAUUUCAGUGACACAGAGAUGUGGCUGCCAUUUCCACCACCUAACUUUUCCAUUGAUGUUUGCCGCAAGAUCCUGAGGAAGCAAGAGAAUAGUUGGAGGAAAAAAAAGAUAGAAUGA